CGGACAACUGGCACGUCAUAUUGGCAAAUUGAAUUUCGCGCCAGAUAGAGAAAUACAUUAACCAAUGCCUGUUGUUUAAAAUUUUACUGCGGUAUAUGAGGAAGGAAAUUUAGACUUCCUGGAUUACGAUGAGAACGAGUUUGUAAGUAGGACCAGUGUGAAUCAACGAGUAAUGUUGGCAGGAAGUCCGUUGGAUGCAGAAGAUCGUGUUUAUUCGGAGCCAUUUAGUCAUCUCCCACCGAUUCAACAAAAAGCAAUAAAUGACAGCGAAUUAAAAGGCGAGAAAAAACCUAUACGUCGCAGUCAAAAUAGAACUGCAUUUAAAGACACGAGAACAUCCAUUCCCAAAAACCCAGAGGCAGUGCCCGCUAAACACGAUCUGUCUGACUCCCCCUCCCCCGAGCAUGUGAUGGUACCAGAGGGGGAAGGGUCUCUAACAAAGAGUACUAGUUUAGAUGGUGAUGGGUGCUUCUCCUGGUUACCUGAUGAACAGGUACCAGAUAUUUUAUGUUAAUAUUCAGUUAACAAAGUAGAAAAUGUCGUGGAUUAGUACAGGAAAUAUGUAAAUGUUAUGCAACAAAAAUAAAUUCUGACAAAAUUGAAAACAAAUGUGAACUGCCACAAUCGGUGAAUUAACACUGAUCAGUAAAUGGUACUUGAUUGCAAACAUUACCUGUAGGUGAACACCUUUGGAAGAAUUUUUACCAAUGAUAAUUAUAAGAGCUUUAUCCUGUACUCCACCACAUCAAAUACAUUAGGAUGUAUAUAUAACAGUAGACCUAGUAAUAUAACUUGAUAGAUAUGUUUACCGUUAAAUGUAUAAUACUAAGUAACAUGGUUUGUCAUCACUCUGUCAAUGUGUUUUCCUUCGUUGUAGACCUAAAAUAUGUCAAAUUAUGUUGACUGUUUAGAAAAAUGUGUGUGUAGCUUAGGAUGGACUUCUAUUGAUGUCACAGUUUUCAGCUUAUGCUUACAAAAGUACACCAGGUUAUUUGUGCUGUGUGAGGAAGUGCUUAUAAAUAUUUAUGCGUCAAUAUUUACUAAAAGUACUUUGAAAAAUGAAAAUGUACUUUCUGUUAAAUUGAGGUUUGAAUGCUUCAAACAUUUCUGUACAGUUGUUUACUGUGUUACGUACACUGUAAUGAGCCUGGUUUUAAUGAUAAAGUAUCACGAGAUGUUUAUGCGGAAAAAAAAACAUGCCAUGAACUAAGAUGACAUUUCAGAUAUAAGUAUAGUAACGUCAGCAGGCGAUGUGGGUCGGGAGAUUGCAGCAACAUGCUUUUGUCAAUGAUUGCAUCAUCACAGUAUCAUCUCCUACAAAACACUUGAAAUGAAGUGUUUGUGGCAACUUGUACCAAAACACUUUCAUUAGAAUGCCAUCACAGGCUAGGAGCAAUUUUUAGUGAUAUUUAUAGAAAAAUAUCAGAACAGUCGAACUUAAAUUUGGUUGGUUUUUCUAAGAUUAGUAACAUUUCUCUAAGAAUAGGGUAGUGACCUCAGUCCCCGUCAGGUGAUACAUGGAUAUAAAUAUAGCUCCUGGGACACUAUUACUGUAGUUUCUGUUUUACAAUUCACCUGUUACUGUUAGUUUAAAAUUCUUCAUAUCCUUACUAUUGACUAAUGAAAGGAAAGAAUAUUGUGGGAUUACGCUUCAUGCCAAGAUGUACUUGUUCACACAAAGUAAGAACUAUAUUCAGUUAUACCAUAGCAUCGUGACUGAUAAAAAUGAGUUCCAAGGAUGCUGGGCGAUGUUUGGAAUUAGUUUUUGAUGCCUAAAUCUUCAUUCUAAAGGGAUUCAAUGAUUUUGACUUUUGAUUUAUAAUUGAACAGCUGUAGAGGAAGUUGGAUGUUAUUGGUCACAGUGCCAAUCUGUCAAAAAGGUUUUACCUAAUCUAUUAAUCGACAGGAAGUACUACACAUGAUAAUUUUUGGUCAGUGAGACAAUACAAAACUUAGUUGAUUGGCUUUUAAUAUUGAUAGAGGAGAUGGCUUGGGAAAAGAGUACGAGUUCAUUUCCCAUAGACCCCAAUACAAACCUGUGAACCCUAUAUCUUGAUCAAGUAAAUGGAGUAAUCGGUUGUCAAAAUCAGUAUGUAAAGGACGGCUUAACAAUCGGUAUGAAACAUGUCAGACAACAUUCAACCUAAUGACAGGUUGUAUUUGCAGAUAAGAUCAUUAUAACAACCAUAGAAUUUACAAAAUGUUGACUUUCAUCAAGACUUUUGAAACUCCUGUAACAUCAACUUAUCAUAACCUGUCUCGAUUUGAAAAAUGAUUGUGCAUAGAACAUGUUUGUAAAAUGUGAAUACUUUAAGGAGGAAUGCUACACCAGAGAAAUAUGAUAUAGAUGAAAAGUGGAGGAUAUGUACAAUAUUUUGAAGUUGAAAAUUUUCAAAUUUACUUUAUUUUGUCAAAAAAUACAGUUUUAAUUGAAGAUAGUCUGAAAAAAUUUAAAAACCCUGGUGGACUCAAACCUGCGACCUACAGUUCACCAAUCGCCAAUCGGUUUGCUAACCUACUGAGCUGCUCUGCUAGGUAUUUAAAUUGAAAAGGAAAAGUCAAAUAUUGCUAAUAUUGAUUAUUUUCCUCGUUUUUAAAGGAAUUCAGCCAUUAUGACGAUGUAGAGUACAUCCUUAAUUGCGAAAUUUCUUUCAUUUCCAAAUAAUUUGCUCUUGAUUUUAACCAGUCAUAUUACACCUUGACAUUUAUAUCUCUGCUCAUUCUUGGAGUAAACAGCCUCUGGGUUAAACAUAAGGGGGGAGGGGGGGGGGGGGGGGGUUAGUACUCUCAUUCCUGUAUCAGGUGCUAGGGAGUUGUGUACAGGGUGUUUUAAAACACAUGCAACCAUUUAUUUUGCUUGUAGAAAACAUUUUAAAGGCCUAAGAUGGACAUCAUUUGCAUCAAUUGAGGAAGUAUCAUUACAAGUUUCUUUUGAUGAAAUGAAAUUAAUUGAAAUUAACAUUCAUUGAAUUAAUCAUAAUAUCAUAUAUGACGUAGAUGAAAAACUGCAAAUAUUUGAUAUUCAGCAGUUGGAUUUAUAACAAUACAAUUGUUGAAGUUGUUAAUUUAAUGAAAUAUCACCCAGUCUCUUCGUCGUUAAAAUUUCAUAUGGAAUCAGGAAUCUCUAUAGAAAUCACAGGUAGUGUGUUUGUCAUCACUUGCAGUAUGCCACUUAUCUUAAAUAGUUUUCAAUAUAAAACUUUCAUAUUGUUUUACAAAGAUGGUUUAUCAUUAUAGGAAGACACAAAGGGGGUCAUUAGCUCAAAGGUCAAUGUAACGAUAAACCUUCAAUCUCUAACCUUAUUAUGCUUUUUAUAUUGUGACAUGAUAAGUUGAAAAGUUUUCAGCAAACACCUUUCAUAUUUUAUAGAAAGGUAGCUGAUGAUUAAGACGUAUAGAUUUCAUGGUCCAAAUGCCAAGGUCAAAGCAUGAAAAGUUUUUAAUGUUCAGCUUUCAUAUUCUAGAUGAGAAUAAUUGUUUAUGAAAGGACACCCAUACAUUAUGUCUGUCUGUUUGUCUGUCAUUCGCUUUGUUGUGACUUGAUAUCUUCCAACAAAACAGCUUUCAUAUUUAACAUGAAGGUAGUUGAUUAUUGGAGGAUGACACUUAACAGAUUUUUGGGGUAUUGAGGUCAAAGUUCAAGGUUACAGUUAGACCUUUCCACUAAGCUGACUACACUUUGAACUUUCAUAGUUUAUACAAAGGUCUUUAAUUCUGCAGUUGAACAUUGGAUAGAACAUAUAAUCACUCCUCUCUAUCAUUACAAACAUUAAUGAAUUCUGUGUCAUUAACACUAUCCUCUCUAUCACUACAAACCUUAAUGAAUUCUGUGUCAUUAACACUAUCCUCUCUAUCAUUACAACAUCAAUGAAUUCAGUGUCAUUAACACUAUCCUCUCUAUCGUUACAAACAUUAAUGAAUUCUGUGUCAUUGACACUAUCCUCUCUAUCAUUACAAACUUUAAUGAAUUCUGUGUCAUUAACACUAUCCUCUCUAUCACUACAAACCUUAAUGACUUCUGUGUCAUUAACACUAUCCUCUCUAUCACUACAAACCUUAAUGAAUUCUGUGUCAUUAACACUAUCCUCUCUAUCAUUACAACAUCAAUGAAUUCAGUGUCAUUAACACUAUCCUCUCUAUCGUUACAAACAUUAAUGAAUUCUGUGUCAUUAACACUAUCCUCUCUAUCGUUACCAACCUUAAUGAAUUCUGUGUCAUUAACACUAUCCUCUCUAUCAUUACAAACCUUAAUGAAUUCUGUGUCAUUAACACUAUCCUCUCUAUCGUUACAAACAUUAAUGAAUUCUGUGUCAUUAACACUAUCCUCUCUAUCAUUACAAACUUUAAUGAAUUCUGUGUCAUUGACACUAUCCUCUCUAUCAUUACAAACUUUAUUGAAUUCUGUGUCAUUGACACUAUCUUCUCUACCAUUACAAACAUCAAUGAAUUCUGUGUCAUUAACACUAUCUUCUCUAUCAUUACAAACAUUAGUGAAUUCUGUGUCAUUAACACUAUCUUCUCUACCAUUACAAACAUCAAUGAAUUCUGUGUCAUUAACACUAUCCUCUCUAUCAUUACAUGUACAAACAUUAAUGAAUUCUGUGUCAUUAACACUAUCUUCUCUACCAUUACAAACAUCAAUGAAUUCUGUGUCAUUAACACUAUCCUCUCUACCAUUACAAACAUCAAUGAAUUCUGUGUCAUUAACACUAUCUUCUCUACCAUUACAAACAUCAAUGAAUUCUGUGUCAUUAACUCUAUCCCCUCUACCAUUACAAACAUCAAUGAAUUCUGUGUCAUUAACACUAUCCUCUCUAUCAUUACAAACAUCAAUGAAUUCUGUGUCAUUAACACUAUCCUCUCUAUCAUUACAAACAUUAAUGAAUUCUGUGUCAUUGACACUAUCCUCUCUAUCAUUACAAACCUUAAUGAAUUCUGUGUCAUUAACACUAUCCUCUCUAUCAUUACAAACCUUAAUGAAUUCUGUGUCAUUAACACUAUCUUCUCUACCAUUACAAACAUCAAUGAAUUCUGUGUUAUUAACACUAUCCUCUCUAUCAUUACUUGUACAAACAUUAAUGAAUUCUGUGUCAUUAACACUAUCCUCUCUAUCAUUACAUGUACAAACAUUAAUGAAUUCUGUGUCAUUAACACUAUCCUCUCUAUCAUUACAUGUACAAACAUUAAUGAAUUCUGUGUCAUUAACACUAGUACAUGUAAUAUUAGAAUUCCUGGUGGGGCUCUUUCUGACUGAGUCAGUUUGUAGUUUAAUGUUAAAAUAUAAUCGGACCAAUGAUGAAAACAACAAAAGGAUAAGGAGGCAAGCAAGUGUAUAUUGUGUAAACAAAUUAUGCAAAUGUUUGUGAUGAGUAGUUAGAAAAAUGUAGGUGACAAAAUUCAUACAGGGAAACAUUUUUUUUCUUAUGGAAAGCUGAUAAAAAAGACAUUGUAAGCAAAUCAGCUAGAGUUUACAAUACCAGCCAAAAAAAUAGCAAAUCAUCUAGAGGUUACAAUUUACCACUCAAAAAAUAGCAAAUCAGCUAGAGCUUACAAUUUACCACCCAAAAAAUAGCAAAUCAGGUAGAGGUUACAAUUUACCACUCAAAAAAUAGCAAAUCAGCUAGAGGAUACAAUUUACCACCCAAAAAAAUAGCAAAUCAGGUAGAGGUUACAAUUUACCACCCAAAAAAUAGCAAAUCAGGACAUAAUCUUUAUCAGUUGUUGUGAAAAUGACAUUGAAUUGAUACAUUUCUGUGAAGGUGUUGUGAGCAUAUUGCCACCUUGUGAUGCAUUCUUGCUCACAGGAUUAGGAAAGAAAUUCAAGAUUUGGGGACUUUACAUUUUAUAAUUAUUUUUCUAUAAAGCAAUUUUCAAGAACACAUGCACAGUGAUCCAGUAUUAGAAUUGUUCAAUUUUUUGGACAAUCAUACAACCAAAACCAAAGAUGUAGUAACAAAAAAAUACAAAUGUUGGAUUAUCUUCUAUAGCUGCUCCAGGUUGGAUCCAGAAAUUUCUACCAGGGAAAGGGGGGCAUAUAGUAUAUAGUUUGGUGUUUGGGGGCUGUCUUGAGGCCAAUGCUGGAUCCGCCACUGCUACUAUAUAAUAUUUUCUGAAUGCAGGCAAUUUUGAUUGAUUGGACUCCCAGUUUUUGUUCUGAAUACUGGUACAUUCACUUUGUUUUUCUCUCUAUAAGGUAACAAGUUUUCAAGGAAUUACCUCAGCUGACAAAAAUUAAUUAAACAAAAGUUUUUUCCCAAAAUCAUGCUGAAUUUUUAAAUCUCAUGAUUCUUAAGUGUUUGGUACCAUCAAGUGUUUGAUGUGUAGGCACUUGACAGUGAUCAGCUUAAAUGACACAAAGAUGCACGAAACAUUUAAUUAUGCAACAAAUUGUAUAUUUGAUAUGUUGAUUUCCUAUACCCAACUUUACUAUAGAGUGUUUUUGUUUUCAAUGUUUCCAAUAUGGAGAAGAAAGGGAAAUAAUGAUCACUGACCGAAUUGAGGUGUUUGUUUAUUUUUUAUAAGUACAUGCAUCUCCUUCCUUCUCAUACAUAUAUAUUAACCCCAUCAUUUGGAGAGGAAUUAUGACAGCGAGAAGACCAUUUUCUAUUGCUUUUCCCAUAACGACACAGGUAAUUGUUCUCCCUUGUAGAGCUUCUGUUGUGUUGUCCAGUGAAUAUUUGUUUAUGAUGUUAGCUUCUGUUGUGUUGUCCAGUGAAUAUUUGUUUAUGAUGUUAGCUUCUGUUGUGUUGUCCAGUGAAUAUUUGUUUAUGAUGUUAGCUUCUGUUGUGUUGUCCAGUGGAAAAUUCUGGUGUUUUUUUUAAAUAUUUUUAUCUACUUGCUUAUCAGAUAUAAGUUUCAUGCUGGCAUACAAAUUCGACUCUAAUUAUAUUCCGUAAUUGGAGCACAGUGUGCUUGCUGACAUCAUUUGUACAAGUGUGUUCUGUAGCAAACAAACACAAUGGGCUGACAUAACUUCUCAUUUUUCCAUCUUUCCUUACACAGACUGUUUGAGUUGGAUAUGAAGAAUGCUGCUUUUAAGUUUCAGGUAGUAUUGUGUUGUAAACCAACAUUACACUGUCAGUAUGCUACUGAAUGUCCGUCAGACUUGCUUCUAGCCAAAAAUGGAGCACUGCUAUUUUGGUGAGCCUCGGUGAUUAUGUGCUGCCACCAGAUAAAAGGAUGGAACAUUUACAGGGAAUACCGCGCUGUAGUUCAACGGAGUAUACAGAGCCUUACGAAACCAGUAAAAUGCUGAAAGCAAUCAGAAGAGAAGGAGGGGGAAAUAGUCGAAAGUCGUCUCCCUUAGAGGAUAAAUCUGGUGUGUACUCUCUGGCCAAAUCGGUCAGUGCGAUCAGAACAGGGGUCAACAUACCAGUCUACAGGACACUGUCCGAUCCCUCGAGAGGGACCACAGAAGAGGACCCAUCGGAGGAUUACGACCAUCUUAGUACCUGGAAAAUCAGAAAUCCCGAGUCACCCAAGUCCCCUAGAUCCCCCAAUAAACCCCCCACAGGGCAGUAUGAGGAUCCGUGGGACUCUAAAGGAAAACAAGAGCAAUUCAAUCAAAUUUGUGAAAAAGCAGAAAUAGUGUCGCGUAAGAGUCAACCAACCUCUCCCAGCAGUCCAGACAAGACUCGGAACAGAAUGGAUGUGUAUGAGGAGGCAUGGGACUCGGACUUUCAACAGAAACAGUUAGAGGCUCGUUUAUUAGAAGCCCGGAGGGCAAGUGAGUUGAAACCAAAGGGAAGAUAUGAAUAUGAGGAGCCCGUUGCUUCAAACUCAGUCCGAAAACUCCCAUCAAUUGGACCCAAAAACUCUCAUAAUGAUGGACAGGUGUAUAUGUCAAAUUAUGAACAGCCAUGGGACUCAAAACAGAAAGAACAAGAGCUGGAGGAAAAACUUAGUCGUGUUGGGUUGUCGGGGGGACAGAGGUCCCCUGGGAGUCCCCCACCCCCCGACUUUGCACCCCCUCCACCCCCCCAGACAUAUGAAGAAGCCUGGGAUAUAAGACCACAGUCCAAAAUCAUCUCACAGGUGUCCUCACCACACAGGGCCCCUGGUGAACACCCACCCCCCAGAAAGACGACCUCUCCCCAGUUACACAACACCACCUCCUCACGUUCUAUGGCUGAACCCAUUGACCCCAAACUACCCCUGGAUAUUCAGAAAUUUUACCAUGGUGGAAUAACUAGGAAAGAGGCAGAAGAAUUACUGGUUAUUUAUAAAGAGGGGAGUUAUCUUGUGAGGCGCAGCGAGACCCAGAAAAAUGUCUUCUCCCUGUCUCUCAAGGGAAUAGGGGGCAUUCCGAUGCACCUCAGAAUAAGCCUGUUGCAUGGGGAGUAUGUCUUAGGAGAGAACAGCCAGCCGUUCCCAACGGUGCCAGAAAUGGUGGACUAUUACACGCGGCAUGAUUUACCCGUUCAAAAUGCCAGUCACAUUAAACUGCUUCAUCCAAUCGCAAGACCUCGAAUGUGACCUCUGACCUGAGGCUAUUUCAUGUGAUGACUGGUGCUUGUUAGUGAUGCCUAAAUACCUGUUAGUCAUAAUAGUCGAGGAUAUUUAUUCUGAUGUGAUGAAUGUGUGUUCCUUCUGCUGCCAAAGUUGUCACUAUUUUCUUUGUAUUGUUAAAUUCUGUGUAUUUGUUAGUGAUUUUGCUCUCUCCUCGAGAUGGUAUGAAAUUAUUAUGCAAUAUUUUUAAAGUGUUUUCAGAUGUUUUAACUGGUUAGUAUUUAUAUGUGAUAAAUUCCUUCAAGAGAAUGUUUUAAGACCCAUUUACCUUUUGUGAAUUACUUUUAUUCUCCACAUUGGCCCAGCAUUACUAUCCCCCCCCCCCCCCUGUUAUUGGUCAUGUGAUUACAUGAACUGUACAUGCACAUAUUUUUAUUUUUGUUGAUGUAUGCAAGUGUCAUUGGAUGAAGACAAUAGUAUUUCUUUAUGGGACCAAUAAGUGAUUUUGACCUAGUGAUCUGUUUGAUUUGAAAUCACGACAACAACACUGACUGCAUAAGUAUGAAUAAUCGAACCAUCUAAACUAUUUUAUUUUCAUAACUCUGAAUCACUGAUUGUCAAUUUUAACUUACGGCAGUGUCAGAAUUCGCUUAAUCUACCAUCUGCUUAAAUACCUGAUUCAUGGCUGUAGAUUUUUCUAGAAUUUGUGACCUAAAUUAGAAAGCAUUAGAAUAUGUUGGAUAUAUCUUGUGAAAGUAUGGGGCAAUUAAUAGAUAAAAUACAGUAUUUUUUCCAGUGUAAAAUUUUAAGUCUAAUUGUAUGGGUGUUAGUAUGUUGCAAUUUGUUUGGUCAAUUCAAACAUGUUUUGUAAACAUUUUAAAUAAUACUCUAUGCUAUGCUUUUGGCUGAUUUGUCAAUCACAAGACAAUCAGGUAAAAUGAUAAGAUUAUUUUGGGUAUACAGUCCUCGGGCCGGAGGUGACUUGUCCUGGGCUCAUAGUGUGUCACCAUAUUUACAAUUUACUGUACAUGGUUAAAAAUGCAAUACUUUUGUUAAAUCGUGAAGAGAACAAUUAUAAAAGCUUUUGGUGCUUUACAAACACUGUAUUUUACAAGUUGAAAAAUGUUUGUUCAAGUGAUGUUUCUGAUUGUAAACGAUGAUGUCGCAUGCUACUGGUGUUUAAGACUAUUUCAUUCGUGGACGUGUACAUAGGAAAAUCUCCAUAGAGGACCUCUUUGUAAUGUUAUCUCCGACACUUCGGAGGACAUGACAGCUUUAACACUUCCUGUGGAUUGUUGAAUACUCUGUGUUAGUUUAUAAUAUGAACAACCAGCUUUAACGUCAUUCUUGUGAUUUUUGCCAAAAAAAUGUUCAUUUCUACACAUGAUGUGUAUCUAUCUAUGCUGAAAUAAAUGUAAUUCAUUUUU